UUUCGUGGCGGAUUCUUCCCAUCCUUGGCGCCAAACUAACAUGGCGGAUCGGUGAAUAGACAUUUCUCGUUGCACUUUUCUUUGUGUGUGAAACAACAGCGGCUGGUGUUGCAGUGGCUGACGUUUAUGCGUCGCUACCGCUGACAUCCCUGCUGGUUGUGAAGAAGGGCAUUUUUGUAAACUAACAACGGCUAGUGUUGCAGUGGCUGACGUUCAUGCGUCGCUACCGCUGACAUUCCCGUUAGUUGUGCGGAAGGGCAGUCAGGCUCAGGCGAAGCUCGUGUGACGAGCGUUGGAGAUUUGUUCGGUUCAGGCAAAGCUCGUGUGACGAGCGUUGGAGAUUUGUUUGGUUCAGGCGAAGCUCGUGUGACGAGCGUUGGAGAUUUGUUCGGUUCAGGCGAAGCUCGUGUGACGAGCGUUGAAGAUUUGUUCGGCUCAGGCGAAGCUCGUGUGACGAGCGUUGGAGAUUUGUUCCCAAUACAAACGUGGUUUAAAAGUAGAAAACGGUCCGAUUGUGUUGAUUUAUUCUGGUAAAAAGACGUUCGUUCACGCUAUCCGAUUUUGGCAAACGCAACAUUUUAGUUGUGCGGAAGGGCAUUUUGUUGUUAUAUAACGGUGGCUGGUGUUGCAGUGGCUGACGUUCUGCGUCGCUACAGCUGACAUCCCUACUGGUUGUCCGGAAGGAAAUUAGAUCAAUCGUCGAGAUUUGUUAGAUGCGUCAAUGUCGUUGUGAGGUAGGACGGUGUGCGAGGUGUGUGUGUGUCAGAGAAGGGCAGCAGUGCGACGAAAACUGCUUGUGCUUCCCAGAACGUUGUACCAACAGGGGUGUGGAACAUUUUCAAGACGCUAAAGAGGAGGUAGAAAUUUUACCUGCCGCAAUGGAUCCGAACGCACUAAACGCUGCAUUAUCCGCACUGGCAGCCAAACAACAACUACAACAACAACAGAUGCAGCAACAUCAGAAUUUACUGACGGCCCUGACUAAUCGGCUCCUAGCUGUUCCCGCUCCUGGCCCACCCGUCGUUCCGCCGGUGCCGACCGUAGUGGUUCGAGCAGUUUUAGAUGUAGAUGUAAAAUACUCUGGAUCUACGGGUGAAAGUAUUCAAGAUUGGCUGCAAAUGGUAAAUAGAAAGGCUCUCGCAGAAAACUGGGUUGACGGAGACAAAAGGAGAGCCGCCAUUAGUUCACUGUUCGGCAAAGCGCUCACGUGGCAGGAAGAAAUAGGAGUGAAUUUGAUUCAAUGGAACGACUGGAUUAACGGGAUACGUGGAGCCUUCGAAUUACAACUGACCGAGAGUCAAUGGCAAGCCAUAGUGGAAGGACGAAAGCAGCUGCCUGACGAGUCGGGAUCCACCUAUGUGCUGGACAAAGUUAAGUUAUGUCAUCGUCGGGCUGUUCCUCUCACGGAUGCGGAACUGAUUCCUUUCCUUAUUCGAGGACUUCUUCACCCCGGGAUACAGUCGGUUAUGAUGGGAAACCCCCCCAUUUCGGUCAACGCUUUUCUUAUCGAGAUUCGCCGUCUAGAGAGCAUUAGUGAUUCGCCGGUCGGCUCAAGUGCUUCAAAAGAGACCGAGAAAAUCUACGAAAAGACGCCCGAAAAGACCCGAUCUACUGACUCGUUAUUCCAGGCCAUGGAGGCAUUGACGAGUCAAGUGGCUGUUCUGACGCAUACAGUAAACCGUCCAUCUUCUCCAGACUUUUUAGGUUAAUUUCAACUGUCGUGCCGUUUACUUCUGGUCGUCCGUCUUAAUCUAAUGGUCGAUAACAUGCUUCAUUUCAAAAUUUUGUUUAUUCAUUUUGUUGUCCGUCUUAUCUGUCCGUCUGACUAUUUCGAAUUGUAUGUGUCAGGCCGUCCUUAAUUAAGAUCCUAGAUCUUUCUGUCAGGAAGGGCCGAAUGUUGUAAAUGUGGCGCUGUUGUACUUUUCGUCGCGGUCUGACAACGUCGCCCCGACCUCCUGCGUGAGGGACGGGCAGUUCGGUCCAGGCGUAGCUCGAGUUCGGGCGUUUUUCGUGUUUGCUCUGAAAUACAAACCUAGUUAAAGUCGAACACGGCCGAUUGUCGAUUUAAUUUAACGAAAACGUUCGUUCCCUUUGAUCGAGUCAGGUGAUUUCGUAACACAUAUCAUGUAGAAAUAAUUUUACUGCUGCUUUUGGGAUUGUAUUUAAGUCAACAAUGGUUUUGACUGUAAAAGCGAGCACAUAUUCGUAAUUUGGUUUCCAUGACGGCUUCAAAACUCCCUAAAGAAAAAUAUUAUUUUUUAUGCAGGUUUCUCCAUUUGCUUGACGUGAAGAUCUCUUCAAAACUACUUUGAUUGAGUAUUUGACAUGGCCAUAGCCAAAUUUUUCCAACAUCUCAGUUUGAAAUGAAGAGGGAAUUUUUUUUGGAAGUGCAAACGCAAAUGGAAAUUGGUGAACUCCACUGACAAGUUCAAAUGUUUCUCUGCCUGCAAGUAAAACAAUUAAUGUAUAUAAGAUAAUAAAAAUAUUGAACAUUG